CUCCCGAGGACGCUUGUUACGCGAUGCUCGAGUAAUCUCGCAUCCCUCGCUCUUCCAGGAUCUAUUCGCCAAUGUCUUCGACCGAUCCCGCGCCCGCACCCGCGCCAGAGCCAGCACCAGCGCCAGCCGCUGCACCUGCUGCUGCUGCUGCGCCGAAGGGAAUGCGGAAAAAUGGCAAAAAUUGGCACGAUGUGAAAACUCCCUUCCGUCCCACAAAGGGUCAAACCUCCUAUGCACGACGACUCAAGGAGCGAAAGGCCAUGGCUGCUAUAAAAGAAAAAGAGAAGGAAAUGAAGGAAGAGAAGGAAGCCGAGCGACAGCGACGUAUCCAAGCCAUCAAGGACAGACGGGCUGCGAAGGAAGAAAAGGAGAGGUACGAAAAGAUGGCAGAGAAAAUGCACCGGAAGAGAGUCGAGAGACGGAAGAGGAGGGAAAAGAGAAACAAGCUCCUGAACUCGUGAUGAUCUUCGAAGGCUCAGCGAUAUCGUUCGUCGAACUGUGUGGCGUUUGGCGUUGUGAAUGGGCCUCCUUUCCUUCCCUUCGGCAGCUUUCAGUCAAUGAUGCUAUAGGCUUCUGGAGGAUAUAAUAGCGCCCUCUAUGGUUUGUCAUAACGCUCUCUCUUCGGAUCGGAUAGCUCGGUCUUUGGUCCUCCAUGCUGCACCAACUUUCUCGGUGGCCGCUCCGAUCGAUCCCGGACAAGGGGAGCGGUCGAAUCCUUUGUCACGAUGAAAGUGGGCUGCUUUGGAUGAUCUAUAUUCGCUAAUGAUUACGCAUAUUUCCACUAAAAGCCCCCCCUGGAUUCUUCACGGAGGGAAUGGUCGCAUUGUAGCGGGAGAUGUUACACAGCAAUUAUCUAGAUAUUCGACUCCCCGAGCCACCUGCCUAUCCAUUGUGCGGCUGUACGGUUGGUUGAUUCGCAUCUCAGAAGGGACGGCUUCCCGAACCAGUUGAUCAGGGAUUCAUCCCAGGUCACAUUUCGAGUGGUUGAUUGCCUUGCCCUGCAGGUGAGCUUGAUGUAUAGAAAAUUCUCCAAACAGACAGAUAAAUUAUCGACUUGAUUUGGAGUCGCUGGCCAGCCGCAGCCA